AUGCGUGUCCUUUUGCUUGCCGGCCUGCUGCUUGCGUGCCUUGCAGCGGCACGCUCGAAUGCGCAUACCAAGCAAAUUGAUGGAAGCAACAUUCCACGCGUGUUUUCACAAGUGGCGCAACACAUUGCGAAACACUAUCCGUCCCGCGUCGUUUCCUACAAUGCAGACGACGUGCACGCGCAUGUCGCGCUGGAUGACGCAGUGCGUAAUCAUAGAAGUGCAGAGCAGGGAUGGGUAAAUCCAGAGACACAUGGUGGAAGUAUGCUGGAUCUCGUCGGCAAUGGAUUCCGCGAGCCGAUGAACGUCAUUAUCUCUGGCAAGUCGGAUCCGAGUGUCCUGAGCGACAAGGGCCUGCUCGACUAUGUGCGCUCAAUUGGAUUCUCGUUCGAGUGCCUCCAUAUUCAUCUGGGUGGGCUGCAGCGCUCGAAUCUUGGCGACGGCGCGGGGUGGAAGGCACAGCUAUUCGAAUACCGCAGCCUCAUGUUUCCCAAGUCGCUCGGCGUAUGGGUCGGCUCUUGCUGGGAGAGUCUUGCGGGCGGCAACCAUUUCCGGGUCUGGCGCCAGAAUGGCACAGAGGCAGAUACUGGCGCGUGGUUCCUCGCUGUGUCGAAAGAAGAGAACGUCGCGCACAAACACACGAUUGUACCCAAUGGCUACGAUAUUGGCCGCGACUUGCUCGUCCAAGCAGCGACGAAGGGCAGCGAGCUGUUUGGCAAGCGAUACACCGCGUCCGUCGACUGGCAAGAGGGCCUUUUGGCCGAGGGCGCCAACAGUAUCAAUCAUAAUAUAUCUAUCGAUGGCCGCGUCGCUGUGCUCACGGUCCAGCGCGUGUAA